CCAUGAUGGCAAAUAAGAAAGUGGCUUGUGGAAUUCAUUUUAUUAUUUAUAUAUUCUCUUACCAGUGUAUUUUGAUUGAAUAAUUUUUCUUCAUCACCUGGAAAGUGGGCAACCGAUUAUUCCAACUAAUCCGAACUGGCUCAAUGGAGGACUUGUUUCUUACAAAUUUGCAAUAUAUCCUUUCUACGCUUUUCUGCAUAAAUGAAUUUUAUAAAUUAUUUUGUUUCCUUCAAUUUUGACCAAUGCCCGUCUCCGGUAACAUUAUUAAUCGUUGUUUUAAAAAUCGCAAAAAGUAGUAAAGAACGUAUUACAUACUUAAAAUUUUCCGUUACGAAUCACAUCAAAGUGGCUAAUAAAAUAUUUAUGUAAGUGGCUGAAAUUUCUAUUCGCCAGCUUAACCGCAAUACGAUGACAGCAUUAAUUCGAUUUUUUUGGAUACUAUCGCUCGGAAGGGUUCAAGGUAUAAUCCAAUUGCGCCCCCACACCGAUGGAAGUUCAACUCGGGAGUAUUCCACGUACGUUCACCGAGCAAUCCUCGACGGGUUGGGAAACCAAACCGGAGCUGGAUUCAUGCUGGCCCACUAUCCUCUGAGAUUGGGCUUGGAUGUUUUGCUGGCCAGCGCCAAUGGCGCCACGGCGGAUGAGGUGCGCCGAGGGCUGAAUGUUUCCCAAAGCAAGUAUCCUGGACCGAUCGUUAGAGAGAAAAUACCUAGGGAUACAUUUCUGAACAUGAGCUAUGUCGGAGCUUAUAUUUCCUCCAAGCUUAAUCCAAGAGAAGAAUAUCUGACCAAGAUUCAGAGGAUGGGAGCCGAAGUGGUGAGAUCUGAAGACUUUACAUUUAAUCACCUUCUUCGGAAACUUGUUAAUAUCGCAGCGGCUCCCCACCUGAAUUUUCGCCUACUACCUGAUAUUCCCAGAGGUAGGAACCAAACGAAUGAAGUGUUUCUGAUCGCGGCAGGAUCAUUUCGAGGUGCUUUUAGUGAUGCCGGCUUCGAAAAGGAAAACCGGCAGAUGAUACCCUUUAAUGUUGACGAAAGGCGACGCACUCUGGUGGAAACCAUGUAUAGCCCAACCAGAAAGCGACAAGUGGCCCAGUUACCAAAAUUGAGGUCUAGAAUGCUCUUGCUUCCUUUCGAGAACAGUCGCGUCAGGUUCAUGAUCUUGUUACCCGAUCAGAUCAAAGGGCUGUUUCAACUCGAGAAGGCCCUCGAGUUUGUGGAUCUGCGAAGUUUAUUAGCAGAGCAGUUUGAUAAACGCCAUUACGACAUUAGUCUUCCGGUCAUCAGCAUGGAAACUGUGAUCUAUUUGGGCGACAAACUGCAAGGAAUUGGCAUUAAAAAGGCCUUCCACUCCAGUGAAGCCGAUCUCAGCCAGAUCACAGGAAGUCGGAAUCCUUGGGUGGCUCGAUUUCUACACACCACCAAACUGAAACUGGCCGAGGGUGGAAUCAAUUUUCAGCAAUUGCCAGACGUAACUUUGGUCAGACAUGACGAGGGACCAGGAUCCGCACACUUUUUUGCAUCGCAUCCAUUCUUCUUUGCACUUUUAGAUGAUGAUAAUAUUUAUGCCACAGGUCGCUAUGGGUUCAUAGAGGGCAGAUGGGAUGAUGAAUAAAAAAUUAAUAUUAAUAUUUAAUCAUCUAUGAAAACAGGAAGGAAAAGCGUUAAAAAUAUAUAAACAAUUUAUUUA